AAAUGAACCAGCUGUCCGAGAGGAAGGACCUGCUGGGGCGAAGAUGGCGGACGGAGAGAGCAGUUUCGGAACGGCUUUUUCAGGCGCAUCCGAAAUGGAAGAACCUGCCGCGAAAAGGUCGAAAAUCAGUCCGGUGACUAAAUGCGGAUUCAAAGUCGCCAAAGCAGAUCAUUUCUCAUGCGUCUCCGGGGCUACGGAGAGCAGGGAGCCGGCGGUGAAUUGUGCGCAGCCAGCGGAGAAGGAAGCAAAGCCGGUGAUGGCGGUAGAGCAGGCCCCAGCGGCGCUAGGCGGAGACAACAAUGGACUGGGACUGCUGGUCUCCGAGCCGCACGAACCAGUUGUGAAACUAGACGACAGCGCUAUGCUUGGAACAACUGAGGAGAGUGCUGAUUUUCUUAGACAUGACGACCUCCCCUCAAACGGGCUGGAUGUAACACCGGACCACAUCAAUGACGAAGAUGACAGAUCCUCACAUGCAAGCUCCAGCGACUGGACUCCUCAACCGCAAAUAGGGUCCUACAGUUUCAUCCAGCAACACAUCAGAGAGACCGAUCCAAGGACCAUUCUGAGGGACUUGCUGCCCGAGACUGUACUCCCACCAGAUUUAGACGACAUGACAUUGUGGCAGAUCAUCAUUAACAUCUCAGAACCUCCGAAAAGAAAGAAGCGGAAGGAUAUCAACACCUUAGAAGAUGUGGUCAGACUACUCCAUGAAAGUAAAAGGAUCCUUGUGCUGACUGGUGCUGGGGUGUCAGUUUCAUGUGGAAUACCAGACUUUCGCUCCAGAGAUGGGAUUUAUGCACGGCUUGCUGUAGAUUUUCCUGAUCUUCCAGACCCUCAAGCUAUGUUUGACAUUGAAUACUUCAGACGAGACCCAAGACCCUUUUUCAAGUUUGCUAAGGAGAUCUACCCUGGUCAGUUUCAGCCUUCACCAUGUCACAAAUUCAUAUCUAUGCUGGAUAAGAAGGGGAAGCUGCUGCGCAAUUACACACAAAACAUUGAUACAUUAGAACAAGUGGCUGGAGUCCAGCGGAUUAUUCAAUGCCAUGGGUCGUUUGCAACUGCAUCCUGUCUGGUCUGUAAAAACAAAGUGGAUUGUGAGGCUGUAAGGGAAGACAUCUUUAACCAGUUCCAAAGCUGGAGCGGUACAGAGCCAUUCCAGGGGUGGGGAAAACACGACCAGGAGGGGCAAUGUGGAGUGAAACUAAAGGUCCUGCAGGUUGUCCCUCAUUGUCCACGGUGUCCAGAUAUUCCCCUGGCAAUCAUGAAACCUGACAUCGUCUUCUUUGGCGAGAACCUUCCAGAAAUGUUCCACAGAGCCAUGAAGCAGGAUAAAGAUGAGGUGGACCUCUUGAUUGUCAUUGGUUCUUCACUUAAAGUCCGACCAGUUGCCCUCAUCCCAAACUCCAUUCCUCAUGAAGUGCCUCAGGUCCUGAUCAAUAGAGAGCAGCUGCCACACCUAAACUUUGAUGUGGAGUUGCUUGGGGACUGUGAUGUCAUUGUCAACGAGCUCUGUCAUCGUUUGGGUGGAGACUUUGAGCAGCUCUGCUACAACACUGUAAGACUCAAUGAGAUCACAGAGAAGCCCCCUCGGUUACCAGAACAGCCACCAAGUGAGGCCUUGCUUGCUUCUAGUGAUGCAGCUCAGGAGGAGCAGAAGCAGUACAAAACAGACUCGGUAACGAAGCCUCCAGAGGAGACAGAAAGUCACAGUGUCACGGAGACUGCUGGUAAUAAUGUUACACCUCCAGAGCCUUGUCCAAAUGCUCAGUGUCCCAGUGAAGAGACGGCUGAGCCUUCAGAGUUAUCAGCAGAAGACACACCAAAGGAAGAAGCCGCUGAAUUAAAGAGCCAAACCUCCAACCUUGAAUUCCGUAGACGAUGCUGGAUGAGUCGAAUCAACAGAAGUCCAAUCAGCAAACGCCUUGAGACAGGCCAGUACCUGUUUCAAGCACCAAAUCACUAUAUCUUCCAUGGGGCGGAGGUUUACUCUGACUCUGAAGAUGAGACGUCGAGCUCCUGUGGGAGUGACAGUGACGAGUCUGAAUGCAGUGCAGAUGGGGUGGAAGAAGACAGCGAGCCGGAGGACGCCGGCGUACUAGCAGCGGAUGGAGAAACAUGCCUCAGAGACACAAUACAACACACUUUAGCCAAUGAGGCCACAUCAAGUGCGCCGACAGACAAUAUUUCUGAAAAAACUCAGUGCACCACACACCUUUAAAUGUAAAGUUGACAAAGCACUAAUUGUCUUUUUUUAUAUAUAUAUAUAUAUAUAUAUAUAUAUAUAUAUAUAAUAAUGUGUUUCAUAUAUUUUUGACUCAUCAACUUUACUAUUAUUUUUCAUAAAGCUUAAAUUGCGUGACAACUUGUGUGUGAAUAUGCAGGAAGUUAUUUUUUUCCUCUUUUUUGUUUUUCUUUCUGUGACCAGUUUGGUAACACACAUUGUGUCUGAAGCCUCAUACAUGUAUACUACUUACUAAAUAGAAUGCAGUUUUUCUUUUUUUUUAGUAUUUCUUUCCAUAUGCUCAUUUCAUUUUGCAUUCACAUUUUCAGAAAUGUAGCUGAUGCUCUCAUCUACUACGGCAUACCAUGAAUUCAGCACUAGAUUGAGCUUUAAUUCCUUAAUUGCAGUCAUUACAAGCAAAGACAUCGGAUGUCGCAGUCCAUAGUGUGAUGUCAGCUGUGGUCUAAUGAUGUGUUUUAGAGUUGGUCCAUGUUAACAUUGGGAAAUGUGUAAAUAUGUAUGCCUACUGCUUGCUAAAUAGUGGGUACUAUGAGUUUCAGACACAUACAUAAAUCUUAAAAUGGUUUACUUGAACGCAUUAUCUAACUUGCAAUAUAAAAAGCUCCGCUGCCUUUUCAUGUGGGCAAAUGGUGGAAGAACAGUACUCUUUAAGUUUAGACCAAAGAACACUUUAUCAACCCGCCCUAAGUUGUCAUAAGCUAUGUAUGUUAAACUGUCAUUUAAGUCUUGGAGAAAAAUACAACUAUUGACAAGGUG